AUGACUUCUCGUAACUUCCGACCGAUUUACGCGUACGGUGGAUAUUCCAUACGACCGGUGAAAAUGUACAAAGACGGUGCAGAACUAUUGCAUUGCGCCGACAGAAAAAAGAUACAGUGUCUUGCAUUAGCAAAGCGUGAGAACGGAGUCAUCUCCAUCACAAGAGAUCACUCAGGACAUCCUCCCGACGACGGACUUGUGGAAGCAAGAAUAGCUCGUUCUGAACUACGCGACCAAGCGAAAACAACUGACUUACCACCGAGAACUCUUCUUCACGACACAAAAACUAAAUUCGGAUCACGUGCAAUAGUAGUGGCGGGAUCCAAUAGUGCACUCACUCGUAUGAUUCAACGAGCAAGAGACGUGAAGUGUGUAGAUACGGAUGCUGUUGAUUCACAAAAUCCUGUUUUUCAAGGAGUCAUGACUCUGGAUAAUGAUAAAGAACCGUUUUUAAUAUUCGAUGAAGUUAAUCAGACAAACGGAAAUAGAUACGUUGCAUUCGGAUCAAAAGUGGGACUUGAAGUAUUGGAGAAGUCAGCGUUGCUCUUAUCAGACGGAACAUUCUCAGUAGCACAACCACCAUUCGUUCAGCUUUGGACAAUUCAUGCUACCUUCAGCGAAUCCACGUUUCCAGUAGUUCAUGUUCUGAUGAGUUCCCGCCACAUCGUGGACUACGAUUAUGUGCUUCGACGUUUGAAAUCAAUCAUACCCCAAUGGGAUCCACGAGAUUAUUUAGGAGACCUCGAAAUUGGACAAUCAACAGCUAUCAAGAAUGCAUUUCCCAAUAUUCGCCAGACGUACUGUUUUUUCCAUUUGCUACAGGAUUGGUUCCGACGGCUCAAGCAGCUUAAAUUGCAAGGUUUGACGGUUUACGGAAGUUCGUUGUAUGAAUUCUGGAGUCUUCUUCGUUGUUUGCCAUUUGGAGAUCCAGCUACAGCAGUCCAGGAUUUCAAUGACAUUUGCACACUUCUUCCCACUCCGCUGACGGCCGAAAUGCAGAGUUUCGUGAAGUAUAUUCGAAACUUCUACGUUGGACCGGUCAGAGUUUUGAAAUUUCCUCCAGUCACCUGGAACGUCUCGGACCGAUCUUUCCGCCAUUUGCCUCGUACUACAAACUCUGUGGAAUCGCAACAUCGUAAUCUGGAGGCAUGUGUUGUUGACACAAGAGGCAGAUCGACACCAUUACUGUCAGAACUUUUCAAAUGUCUCCGACAGGAGGCGAGCAAGCUGAAGUUUGACAAAGAAGCUCUUGAAAUAGAUCCAACAUACAAGGUUUAA